AUGGAGGGAAAUCAAGCUGGGUCUUCUCUGGAUCUGUUAAUAGCUUCGUUCAACCAACGAAUCGGCGAGUUGCAGGAACUCGUCAUCGCCCGGAACAUGUAUCCGCCGAGCAGCAUCCCGGAUUUGACGUCGAUCGACACGGCGUUGAGCUCGAUGGAGCUUCAGGUACAAUCGAUCAAGGACCGGUUGCGAGAAGAAACCGAAGCUAUUCCCAAAGCCAAGAAACUAAUUGAGGCAUCACUGAAACAACAAGGGAAAUUGCAGAGGAUGUCAGUUUAUGCGCCGUCUCAUUUCCCUGACAAGACUACAAUGUUGAAUUCAGAUAUCAAUAGAUGUUUGCUCCAAGAAAAUGUCAAGCUGCACGAACAAAACCACACUCUCAGCUCUCUGAAACCUGAUGAGGAAGUAGCUGCUUUACCCAAGGAGAAGAAAGGUCGUGGGUCUCCUCCACUUUGGUACAUAACUGUUGAGGAACUCAAUUCCCUCUCACCAUACAUGAGAGGAAGGCUCACACUUGAGAAAGUGAAUGCGGCAAUCAAUGAUAUGGCUUCAUAUGCUGAAGCAAAUGCUCAUCUUAUCUCAGCGCCUAAACAGAAGCUUGCGGAAAACCUCUGGGAGAAAGCUCUGAAACUACGAGACAUAGUAACAACGGGAGCAGUAAAAGGCAAACAUUUCUUUCUUGAGACUGACAUGAAGGGUCCAAUGCUGAAACUUGACAACACUGGCAAAGCAAUACUUACUGUUCUUCGACACCUUGGUCGCAUUAGUGAGACUCGCAUCGGUCAAAACCGCGUCAUCAUUCUUACGAAGCCUCAUUAG